GAAAAAAUAAUCCUUAUCCAAAACCAAGGUUUAAAAUCUAACUAUGGUAAGUAAGCCUUCUUCUAUCUCUCUCCUCCCUCUGAUCUUCUUUUCUCUUUCUUCAUCUUUCUCUCUCCUCAACAACAGUGUGUUCACAUUUCUCAACUUGUUCAUAUUUUUCUGAUCACCUGUAUGAUUAAGCCUCCUCAUAGGAGCUCUAUCAUUUAUGGCAUCAAAAUCAUAUGGGAACUUGCUGGGCCUAGUCUCUGGUGAUUUUCUGGAAUUUCCUUGUGCACCUAGAACUCUUCCACGGGUUAUGACUGUUCCUGGGAUUAUCUCCGACUUGGAUGGUCGUGAAAGUAGUGAUGAAGAUGUGGAUGCUCAAAUUGUCCGUGAGCGAAAAAUUAUUGUUGCUAAUAUGCUUCCCCUUCAUGCUUCUCGGGAGACGGAAACUGGAAAGUGGCGUUUCACCUUAGAUGAAGAUUCUCUUCUGUUACAGUUGAAAAAUGGUUUCGCACCUAAUACUGAGGUUAUUUAUAUUGGUUCUCUCAAGGCUGAUAUCGACAUUAGUGAGCAGGAUGAGGUUUCGCAGAAGCUUCUCAAGGAAUUUAAAUGUGUUCCUACUUUUUUGCCCCAGGACCUCCAGAAGAAGUUCUAUCAUGGUUACUGUAAGCAGUAUUUGUGGCCACUUUUCCAUUACAUGCUACCAAUGUGCCCAGAUCAUGGUGAUCGCUUCGAUCGGUCACUCUGGCAGGCAUAUGUUUCUGCUAAUAAGAUAUUUGCUGAUAAAGUAAUGGAAGUCAUAAAUCCUGAGGAUGAUUAUGUAUGGGUGCAUGAUUAUCACCUCAUGGUCCUGCCGACAUUUUUAAGAAAACGGUUCUAUCGAGUUAAGCUGGGGUUCUUCUUGCAUAGCCCAUUUCCUUCAUCUGAGAUCUACCGGACCUUGCCUGUUAGGGAUGAAAUAUUGAGAGGCCUGCUGAAUUGUGAUCUAGUUGGUUUUCAUACCUUUGAUUAUGCCAGGCAUUUCCUGUCAUGCUGCAGUAGGAUGCUCGGAUUGGACUACGCAUCAAAGAGAGGGCAUAUUGGAUUGGAUUAUUUUGGUCGCACUGUCUACAUCAAAAUUUUACCUGUUGGUAUUCACGUGGGUCGGUUGAAUUCAGUUUUAAAUCUUCCUUGCACUUCGGACAAAGUUAAAGAAAUUCAAGAACAGUAUAAAGGGAGAAAAGUAAUAGUUGGGAUUGAUGAUAUGGAUAUCUUCAAAGGCAUCAGUCUGAAAUUAUUGGCCAUUGAGCAGCUACUGCUUCAGAAUCCCGAGUUCCAGGGUAAUCUGGUCCUUAUUCAAAUCAUCAAUCCUGCUCGAAGUUCAGGCAAGGAUGUGCAGGAAGCGAAGAAAGAGACGUAUCUAAUUGCAAAAAGGAUCAAUAAGACGUAUGGCUCUCCAAAUUAUGAACCCGUGGUCAUUAUUGAUCGCCCUGUUCCUCGUUUUGAGAAGUCAGCAUAUUAUGCUGUAGCUGAAUGUUGCUUAGUGAAUGCCGUAAGGGAUGGAAUGAAUCUAGUUCCCUACAAAUAUAUUGUAUGCAGGCAGGGAACACCCACUUUAGAUGAAGCUUUGGGUAUAAAACCAGACUCUCCUCACACAAGCACGCUUGUAGUCUCAGAAUUUACAGGAUGCUCUCCUUCCCUCAGUGGUGCCAUCAGAAUCAACCCUUGGGAUAUUGAUGCUGUGGCUGAAGCCUUGAAUUUAGCUCUUACAAUGCCUGAUCCUGAGAAACAAUUACGACAUGAGAAACAUUAUCGAUAUAUUAGUUCUCAUGACGUGGCUUAUUGGGCUCGCAGCUUUGUACAGGAUUUAGAUAGAGCAUGCCAAAAUCAUUAUAACAAGCGGUGUUGGGGUUUUGGUUUAGGGCUGAGUUUCAGAGUCGUCUCUCUGUCUCCAAGUUUCAGGAAGCUAAAUGUUGACUAUAUUGUCUCAGCGUAUAGGAGAACCAGUAGACGGGUGAUAUUCCUGGAUUAUGAUGGCACUCUUGUGCCACAAACUUGUAUGAAUAAAUGUCCAAGCCCAGAAGUCAUCUCUGUUCUGAAUGCUCUUUGCAAUGAUCCCAAAAAUACUGUGUUCCUCGUCAGUGGUAGAGCAAGGAAUCAGCUUGGCGAAUGGCUUGGCCCAUGUCACUUGCUGGGAAUAGCUGCUGAACACGGUUACUUCUUACGGAUGAAUAAAGCUGCUGAUUGGGAAUCAAAUGUUGCUGAGCUUGAUUGGAAAGAGAUUGUCGAACCUGUUAUGAGAUCAUAUACUGAGGCAACAGAUGGCUCCAGCAUAGAGAAUAAGGAUAGUGCCUUAGUUUGGCACCAUCAAGAUGCAGACCCUGACUUUGGGUCCUGGCAAGCUAUGGAAUUAGUGGAUCAUCUCGAAAACGUGCUUGCAAAUGAACCAGCUAUUGUUACCAGGGGACACAACAUUGUUGAAGUUAAGCCACAGGGCGUUAGCAAGGGACUUGUUGUUGAGAAGGUUAUUUCCAUGUUAAUCAACGAUGGAAAAAGAUCAGAUUUUCUUGCAUGUAUUGGGGAUGACAGAUCUGAUGAAGACAUGUUUGAAAGCUUGUUAAAGUCCUCGAGUACGUCUAUACCCGGGACUCCUGAGGUCUUUUGUUGCACCGUUGGGCAAAAGCCUAGCAAAGCUAAAUACUAUCUCGAUGACACAGCUGACGUCUUAAGACUGCUUUGCGGUCUAGCCGCGGCUGCCUCAACCCAAAAACCUCGGUAUAACCCUCAUGCUCAAGUCUCAUUUGAAAGUACUUUCUAGUUGCCCCAAUGUGUGCUCGUAGUUAUAGAUCAUCCCGGUGUGUCUAUGUCAGAAAUAGCACGUUGUCACAGGAUUACGAAACUCACUAAAAGUUGCUUCCCUACUCGACUCCUGUGAUCAUUUGACACGUUGAAACACUGGGUACUUGUACAUGGUGACAAUAGUGUAGUUCUCCGACAAGAAGGGUUCUUUAUGGUGGGUCGUCUUUCAAGGAACACAUAUUGUUUGGUUGCUUUAAACUGCACCAAACUCCCCUCAUCAAUGUGUACAGGAUUCUGUUUGAUGUUAAAGUUCCCUCAUUGUCUUCUAACAAAGUGAUUUGGAUGAUCAUGAACAAAAUACUCGGAUAUCCGACUUGAUCUUUGGAGAAGGUCAACAGGAUACUCGGAUCUAACAAAAAUCUGAAGCGGACGUAAGCGGUUUCUUCUUCAUCCCGUUGAAUCAAAAUCCGGAAAAAAGAGCGAGUUCUGCGUAUUAUUACAUGCUAACUGUUGUUGAAAUGGGCUUGUAUGUUUGCCUUUGUAAAUGUUACAUGGGCAGCCUAGUAGAGGCAUGUUCCAUGCAGUAGUAAAAACUGCUGUUUUUUCCCUUCAUAUAUAUAUACUAUUAUUUUUCUCUUUUUUGGUUGA